CGAUUGGAUUCACAAGAUGGCGGCGCGCUGGGAGCGUAGCAUCUGCGUUUCCAGGAGCUUGGCUGGGUGAGUAGGUUUGGAAUCUGGGCUUGUGCAGGCCCCAGCUACGCACGUCGUCCUGCUACUACUUUGGCCUAAAAGAUGGCUCUAAGCAAAUCAAUGCAUGCAAGAAAUAGAUACAAGGACAAGCCACCUGACUUCGCAUAUCUGGCAUCCAAAUAUCCAGAUUUUAAGCAGCAUAUUCAGAUAAAUCUGAAUGGGAGAGUAAGUCUUAACUUCAAAGACCCUGAAGCAGUCAGAGCUCUGACUUGUACUCUCCUGAGAGAGGACUUUGGACUUUCUAUUGACAUUCCUUUAGAGAGACUAAUUCCCACAGUUCCCUUGAGACUUAACUAUAUUCACUGGGUAGAAGAUCUGAUCGGUCAUCAGGAUUCUGACAAAAGUACUCUCCGAAGAGGAAUUGACAUAGGUACUGGGGCAUCCUGCAUCUACCCCUUACUUGGAGCAACCUUAAAUGGCUGGUAUUUCCUGGCAACAGAAGUGGAUGACAUGUGCUUCAAUUAUGCUAAGAAAAACGUGGAACAGAAUAACCUAUCUGAGCUCAUUAAAGUGGUCAAAGUACCGCAGAAGACACUCCUGAUGGAUGCGCUUAAGGAGGAGUCUGAGAUAGUUUAUGACUUCUGCAUGUGCAAUCCUCCCUUUUUUGCCAACCAAUUGGAAGCCAAGGGUGUAAACUCCCGGAAUUCUCGAAGACCUCCACCUAGUUCUGUGAAUACAGGAGGCAUCACAGAAAUCAUGGCAGAAGGAGGUGAACUAGAAUUUGUUAAAAGGAUCAUCCAUGACAGUUUACAACUUAAGAAAAGAUUAAGGUGGUAUAGCUGCAUGCUGGGAAAGAAGUGCAGCCUGGCCCCACUGAAGGAAGAGCUUAGAAUCCAGGGGGUUCCUAAAGUUACCUUCACGGAGUUCUGUCAGGGUCGGACAAUGAGAUGGGCCUUAGCUUGGAGUUUUUACGAUGAUGUCACAGUACCGUCACCUCCAAGUAAACGAAGAAAAUUAGAAAAGCCAAGGAAACCCAUUACAUUUGUAGUGUUGGAGUCUGUGAUGAAAGAAUUGUCUCUGAAAGCCUCAUCUUUGGGUUCUGAGGCAGUGGAAGGCAUAGUAGUUGUGACAACAUGGAUAGAAAAAAUUCUCACUGACCUGAAGGUCCAACAUAAACGAAUUCCCUGUGGAAAAGAAGAAAUUAGCCUAUUCCUGACAGCCAUAGAAAACUCUUGGAUUCAUUUAAGAAGGAAGAAAAGAGAGCGAGUGCGCCAACUGAGGGAGGUGCCUCGAGCUCCUGAGGAUGUUAUCUUAGCCUUGGAGGAGAGAAAGCCCACUCCCAAAGAGCUGAGUGGCAGCCAAGAUGCGGCUGCAUGCUCCCAAGACAGUGCCUUGUGUGGGCUUGCUGUGCUGGAAGGCGAGUCUGCCACUGUGGGUGGCCAUUGCUUCAGCCGGGAGUCACUGUCCCAGGAGGAAACUCCAGAAGCCAUGGAGGAUGAAGGGAGUGAGGAAAGGGGAGGGGUAGAGGUCAUGGAAAGUUGUAAAUUUUCCAACAAUGGAGCCCAGGACGGAGAGGCUGCUGAGAAGGGGGAUCACCUGGACGGAGUGGCCGGACGUUACCUGUUUAAGUGUUUAGUCAACAUUAAGAAGGAAGUAGAUGACGCCUUAGUUGAAAUGCAUUGGGUUGAGGGCCAGAACAGGGAUUUGAUGAACCAGCUUUGCACCUACAUACGGAACCAAAUUUUGAGGCUUGUUGCUAGUUAAUUCUUAAUUUCUUCUGCAGUUAGAAAAGUGUCUGUGUGGGGCUAGAGAGUUGGUGCAAUGGCCGCAUUUGCUUAGUAUGCAGAAGGCACCCUGGGUUGAGCCCUUUACCUCCAACAUCAAUACAAAAAAUGUAUAAAAAGCUUGCCUUGGAGGCGGAGCCUGUUGGAAGGCCAGAGGAACUUCACCACUGGUCCUUUAGAGACCACAUGGAAUCAACUGACCAAGCAGACAUUUAGUGGGUGUGGUCUCUGACACUUGUAAUCCCAGUACUUGGAGGCUGAGGCAGGAUUGCUGUGGGUUUAAGGUCACCCUAUGCUACAGAGAAAGACACUUGUCUAAAUAAAAAGAAGAAAAAAGGAAAGCAGAAACGAAUCCAUUUUUAACCCUUCCCCUCUUAAAGUUACCUGGAGAUGUGUGUAAAGAACAGGGGGUUCAGGAGGAAUGACGUAUUGCAACAGCAGAUAAACUUAGGAUGAACUUUGAUCCUACUCCAGCCUGAGGCCAGGGGGGGGCCAUAUGUGGCACGUGGUGUGGGUCAGCACUGCCUGAACAUGUCUGCCACUAAGGGUCUCUUGGUGAAGAGGGCAGCAGUGCUCCCCAGUGGAGGCAGUACAGCAGGUCAGCACCCUGGCACUGCUCAGUUGCCCUCAAGACACCUGCUUUCUCAGGUAUCUACAGUUGAUGGAGCCAGUCCCCAGAAAGGGGCUAGCCCGGUCAUGCGUGGCCAGAGUGUCAGGGUGAGACAUCUUAGGCCAAGGAGAGGACCUGUCUGGGGCCCGCACAGGAAGCCACACAUUCGUCGCUCACUGCUGCCCUGACAGAGCCUAUUGCAGAAGCAGAAUUGAAUAAGCAGAACUCUGAGAUGUAGCUGAGGCACAACAAAACGCGCCCAUCGCCCCAUCUACACGGACAGUCGCUCUGCAGCCAUUGCACUGCUUUUUUUAAACAGCGAAAUGGCUUAUGUUUCUUAUUUCUAAUAUAAAACUUCAGAAUUGAAAA